AUGGCCGAUGUGCAUGGAGCUCGGGGUGAUACCUUAGACGAGAAAGAGAUGAAACUGGGCAACUCAAACGCCCAAGUAACGGAAGGAAGAGAGGCAAAAGCGAAGGGAUGGAGAGGUAUCGUGAGCGUACUCAAAAAGCGUGGUGAUGUCGAAUUUCGGGGCUGCACUCCCAUACCAUACGAGGAGAGGACUGAGACAAACUACUUCAAUAUCUUCACAUUGUGGUUCAGCAUGAGCUGCAAUCCCUUGCCUGUGACUUUCGGAAUGGUUGGAACAAUGAGCUUUGGUCUGAGCUUACGAGACGCCUCCCUGGUCAUUUUGUUCUUUACACUCGUCUCGACAUUACCGGUAGCCUACAUGUGUACAUGGGGUCCCAAGACCGGCAUGCGGCAGCUCGUCCAAGCCCGCUUCUCCUUCGGAAAGUACUUCGUUUCGAUACUGGUCCUCCUCAAUCUUGCCACUUUGACAGGCUUCUGCGUUGUCGACAGUAUCAUUGGCGGUCAAGCUCUCUCUGCAGUCAAGAAUGGGGAGACGAUCAGCGCAACGGUCGGCAUUGUCAUCAUCUCACUGCUGGCGCUGAUCAUCGCCUUCUUCGGAUUCCGUGUCCUCCACCACUACGAGAGAUGGGCUUGGAUACCUGCCUUGAUUGCCCUCAUAAUCGCUGCUGGCUGUGGUGGGAAAGGCCUCGGUCAGCAAGUUGCAGUACCGCCUGCAACCGCACCCCAGGUACUAUCCUUUGGUGGCCUUGUUGCAGGCUUCAUGUUGCCUUGGGCUGCGCUGGCUAGCGACUUCUCAACAUACAUGCAUCCGAAAGCGCCUCCCAUGCGCAUCGCAGCAUACACAUACGUUGGCCUUGCUUUGCCUACAGUCCUCCUCAUGACACUGGGAGCCGCCAUGGGUGGUGCGACACCCAACUUUCCCGAUUGGCAGGCUGGUUAUGAAGUCAAUGCGGCCAGUGGAGUUCUGUCUGCCAUGCUACAUCCAGCUGGAGGCUUCGGGCGCUUCGUCACUGUCAUUCUCGGGUUCUCCAUGCUCGGUAACCUCUCUGCUACAAUGUACAGCAUAACGCUGAACCUACAAAUGCUCGUUCCUUGGCUCUUCCGCAUUCCUCGCGUCAUCUUUAGCGUCAUCAUCACCGGUAUCAUUAUCGGUGUUGCGGUUGAAGCAGCCAAGUCCUUCUUCGUCAAUCUGGAGAACUUCCUGGGUGUCAUUGGGUACUGGAGCGCAGCUUUCAUUGGGAUUAUCCUCGUUGAACACCUCCUCUUUCGACGUGGCAGCUUCAUCGCUUACACCAAAGAUGACGAGGCUUGGGAUGAUAUGCAAAAGCUUCCUUGGGGCUUCGCUGCCGUCGCAGCCGGAGUCGUCUGCCUUGGUCUCCUUGUGCCCGGUAUGUCGCAAAUCUGGUUCGCGGGGCCGAUUGGAAAAGUGACGGGAGAUAUUGGUUUUGAGGUCGCAUUCGCGCUGUCUGCGUUGGCGUAUGUGCCGCUGCGAUUCUUGGAAAGAAGAAUAUGUGGAAGAUGA